AUGCCAGCGUUGCGGCAGCUGCAUACUACCAUUGAAAGAGAUAUUCCGUUAUCCGUCUUGUCGAAUCUGCCGCACGCAUCAAGGGCGCGCGUGCAGACAUGUGGUAAGGGCCCUUGCACGGUCAAGUUCGUCAGGCUCCUCAUGGGCGGCUCUUUACGUGGAAGGUUCAGUCUCCUCUGCGCUGAUCACAUUGCACUGGAUAUAAAGCUGGGAUCAGUGGCCCAGUCAUCUAUCAGCACCCACCUAUCAUGGACGUUUCGCAGCGGUACAUCUGGAUACAACAGAGCCAGCGGUACCAACACGGGAACAAGGUCCCGCACGGAGCAUCGUUAUACUCUCACAAACAGCAACAAGAGGCGGUGGCUGACGCUGAAGGUACCAAGCCACUCUCCCACCCCUGCCCAUCUCCCAAGCCUGUUCGAAGACGAGGCUAUUGCAGGUGCUGUCGAGCUCAAUCUCGAGAGGGAGGAAACGAUCAAAUCUAUCACAGUUGUGAUCCAGGGCCAGAUGACCGAGUCCACAAUUAACGUCUACAAUUUCCUUAAUCUAUCCCAGAAUCUAUACUCCGCACCAUCUACUAAUCCUGCGGCGUCAGUUCCUUCCUUAUCCGCAGGUGGGAGACUUCGCGGGAUGCAUGCGUGGACGUUCUCGCUCACCAUGCCCCCGCACGUCACCCUGAAUCUGGGAGGGGGCUCGUCGAAAGCUUACCGUCUCCCUCCGUCGUUCUCGGAGCGGAUGGCGCGGGUGCACAUCCAGUACAGGCUAAACGUGCGCGUCCGUCGCGGGAGGUUUCGUGUGGACAGCGACCUCGGGACUGUCUUCUCGUACACGCCCAUUACACAGCCCGACCCGCCAUCGAUGAAGGCUGUGACUUGCACGCUCUGGCUCGCGAAACCUCUGUGUUAUACGAGGGGCAGUGUAAUCCCAUGCAUGAUGACAAUCGAGACCGGGGAUUCUCAAGCCCUCGACGUUUUGUCGUCACCGAAAGCCGUCAUCGUCCGUUUGCGCCGACACAUCUCGAUGGGGUUAGCGAACAUCAGUGACAUGAAUAGUAGGAGUGUCCGUGGCGUGCCGUACGAGCCUACAGUCCAGGACGUGAAGACAGCCUUGUGGUGGGCACCUGAAAGCCGAAACGCUAGUGUAUCUAAGCGAACCCUUCACGGAGAGAUACUUUUAGGUCUUGCAUUGAAGCCCAGUUGCGAGCUUGGUGAUUUCAAGCUUUCGUACUCCGUGGCUCUGUAUCCCCUCAAGGCAGUCGCAUUCGCACACGCUGAGGACUGUGAGAGGCCUCUACAGCGCGAAUUUGUGGGGAUUGCGACUGCAUAUUCGAGCGGUCCGCGGCCGAUCGUCUAUUCCCCUCCGGAUUACGAUGACACAUAUCCUAGCUCCACAGGACAAGCCGCAGGAUUCAAUCUGUUCCGGGGAACAUCAUAG